GUUCCUUCCCGUGCUGUCACCGCACGGCCACGUACAACCACAUCCUAUUCCUGCAUACGACGCGCGACAGACGAUACACCAUAGGAAGUGCCAAGGAUGCCGCGAGAGAUCAUCAACGUGCAAGUCGGACAGGCUGGAAACCAGGUUGGAGAGGCCUUCUGGCGGAUGCUCCUCGCUGAGCAUGGCUUGGAUGAUGAUGGGCAUUAUCAAGGGCGGGACGACCAGCAGCUUUCGAGAGUCGGCGUAUUCUUUACGGAGGUACAGAAUGCCGGCUAUCCCACCAAAUACGUCCCGCGAAGCGUGCAAAUUGACCUCGAGGAGGGUGUCACCGAUCGCAUCCGGUCAGGACCUCUAGGCAAGCUCUACCGCCCAGAUACGUACGUUUUCGGGCAAUCUGGCGCGGGCAACAAUUGGGCGAAGGGAUUUUACACGGAGGGCGCGGAGCUUGUGGAUUCAAUCCUGGAUGUUGUCCGCAGGCAAGCCGAAGAUACCGAAGCCUUGCAAGGUUUUCAGAUUCUGCAUUCGCUCGGAGGUGGUACAGGAGCGGGUCUAGGCUCACUUCUAUUGUCAAAGUUCCGAGAAGAAUUUCCCGAUAGGAUGUUGGCUACGUACUCGAUCCUCCCGUCCCCCAAGGUGUCGGAGACCGUUGUCGAGCCUUACAACGCACUCCUGUCGGUCCAUCAGCUGGUCGAAAAUAGCGACUUAACGCUUUGCAUCGACAACGAAGCUCUGUACGAUAUAUCCCAAAGGGCGCUCAAGGUUAAGCACCCGACGUUCGACAACCUGAAUUCCGUGGUGUCCCAAGUCAUGUGUGGAGUCACCACUAGCCUACGGUUCCCUGGACAGUUGAACGGUGAUCUGCGGAAGCUCGCUAUGAAUCUCAUUCCCUUCCCUCGUCUGCACUUUCUUAUGCCGAGCUACGCUCCUUUCUAUGACCCCAAGGCGAAGGCGUUCCAACGUUGGAAUACGAGGGACUUGACGAGUGCUUUGUUUGAUCGCCACAACCUCUUAGUGGCGGUGGACCCUCGAUUCGGUCGUUAUUUGACUGCGGCGACGAUCUUCCGGGGCAAGAUUUCUUCGCAGGAGGCAGAGCACGCAGUAUCGGAAUUGCAAAAGAAGAACUCAGGGCUGUUCGUCGAGUGGAUCCCUGACAACGUUUCCGUGUCCCUCUGCUCUGUUCCACCGGUCGGCCAGAUGCAGGCUGGAACGUGCCUGUCAAAUUCUACCGCCGUCCAGGAGCUCUUCACCCGCAACCUUGCGCAGUUCUCUGUGAUGUUUAAGCGUCGUGCUUAUCUUCAUUGGUACACUGGUGAAGGCAUGGAUACCAUGGAGUUUACAGAGGCUGAGAGCAACACACAUGAUCUGAUCGCUGAAUACCAGCAGUAUCAGGAGGCAACGGCGGACGACGUCGAGGAAGAGUACGAGGAGCAGGGGAGCGUUGUUGAACAGGCCCACUAUGCGGAAGAAGAACCCGCCGAAGAGCCCGUUGAGUAUGAAGAAUAACGAGGUGCCUGAAAUGUUUCAGAUAUCAUGUUCGAUUUACGGAGUUUGCUACGAUCAUAAUCCGCGCAACGUAUAUUCAGUAGCUUCUUCCCUGGCUAAUUGGUUUCUUGCACGUCUUUUUGUUUUUGUUUUUGACAGACAGAGUUUUGAAUGUCAUUGCUUAACCUAGCC